AUGUCGCCGACGCACACCCCUGCCACCAAGACACUCGUGGGCUCGUUCGAAGAGUCCAUCCUGCAAGGCCGCAUGUCGACUGCCGACGCCUACUCCAUCCCUGGAUUUACCGCCGAGCUCGCCGUUUCUGGCGAGGGCAAGCAGCUACCCCACGUCUCCAUCCCAUUCUCGCCCGUGUUUUACUCGCUCCCGGGCGAGGACGCGCCGACCCCGUACGUUGCCAACAUUGAGCUGGCCCACCGCGACGACCCUGGCCGCCACCCGGCGCUUCUCAAGGUGCCAGUGCGAGGCAUGGUGCAGCUGGCCAUCUUCAAUCCGCAGCAGACCGGUGUCAGGGUGUUUCUAGUGCGCUACGACCAUUCGGAAAUGCCGCCGCGGACAAAGACGUUUGUGCGACAACGGACAAUCGACGAAACGUUCUCCAAUGGAGCGAUUCGGUACCUUGCCCAUCUGCGGUUUGUCUGCCUGAAGAAGAGCGUGUAUUUGCACGGCGGAAUCCGCGUCGUUUUCGCGCACCGCACGCUCGAUUCCGCGGAAGGCCUGUCUGUCAUCACGGACGGACCCAGCAACCCGCGAUACAUUCCGCUGACACAUGGCAUGUUGCACCGCGGUCGCAGCGGCUCCGUGGACGAUGACGACGCGCUCAAGUGCGCGCCCACGACUCAAGUUGCCUUCUCUCUGUGA